CGCACGCUGAGGGGUCAGUGGUGGUGUUCAGGUUGCAGCACCGUGCACUGGAUGUAUGAGGGACGCGGUUCCGGUGCGCACCGUCGGGACUGAGACGGACUGAGACCGGCGACGUGCGCGGAAUUUCAAUCAGACGCUCCGACUCGUCCUGUCCGACUCUGCUGCUGCAGAGAGGAAACAUCACCGGACUAAAACUGCAGGACGCACCGGAUUAGCCUCUCGUGCUCUGAUUCUAUAGGAGAACAUAAAGCCAGCGCGUGAGCAGCAGAAGAGCUGAUGCUCCGGACCCCCCGCUAGCCCUUCUCUGGACCAGUGUUCGUUCACCAGACCCGCAUGGCUUCUCUGUACCAGAGAGUCUCCGGCAAGAUCAACACCAGCAACUCGUUCCCGCGCGUGCUCGAGGCCAGCCGCCUGCUAGGAGCGCGCGACAAGGUGCCGGGCACGAGCCCCGAGCCGCGCCAGCACGAGCACCGGCGCGGGACCGCGCGCGACGAUGAGGAUGAGCUGGUGGGAAGCGCCCCCCCUCAGAGGAACUGGAAAGGAAUCGCCAUCGCCCUGCUGGUCAUCCUCUUCAUCUGCUCCCUGAUCAUCACCUCCGUUAUCCUCCUCACUCCAGGUGAAGAUGACAGUCUGGCCUCCAAGAAGAAAGUCACCAUCGAGGAUCUGUUCAGCGCCGAGCUGCAGGUUCACGACCCCCGGGCCAAGUGGCUCAGCGACACUGAGCUGAUGUACCGGGACCGCGACGGCGAUGUGGUCCAACUCGACGUGGAGAGCAACACCACCGAGGUUCUGGUGGAGAACAAGAUGUUUGAAACCUAUAAAGCCACCAAAUACCAGGUGUCUCCUGAUCUGACCCACGUGCUGCUGGUCUACAACGUCGUACAGAUGUAUCAGUAUUCCUACACGGCCUCGUACAUCAUCUGCAGCCUGAAAACUCCGGAGACCAGGGUUCUUACUGCACCCGAAGUGGAGAUCACCACACUGCAGUACGCUGGGUGGGGACCCAAAGGCCAGCAGCUGAUCUUCAUCUUUGAGAACAACAUCUACUACCAGGCCACGGUGACCGACAAACCCAUUCGCCUGGUCACCACCGGGAAGGAGGGCGUGGUGUUUAACGGACUCGGCGACUGGCUCUACGAAGAGGAGAUCUUCCAGUCUUACACGGCUCACUGGUGGUCACCGGACGGCCUCAGGCUCGCCUACGCCACCAUCGACGACACUCUGGUGCCCAAGAUGGAGAUGCCCAUGUUUACUGGCAACCUGUACCCGAGUGCCCAGGAGUACCGCUACCCUAAAGCCGGUGAGGAGAACCCUGAAAUUUACCUGUCAGUGGUGAGUCUGAACGGUCCUCUCCACACCGUCAGGAUGAAGAAACCAGAGGAUCCCAGAAUCGGGAAGGAGUAUUACAUCACCAUGGUGAAAUGGGCCACCAGCACCAAACUGGCCGUCAACUGGCUGAACCGGGCACAGAACAACUCCAUCCUCACCCUGUGUGAGGCCACCACAGGUAUCUGUACCAAGAAACAUGAGGACGAGAGUGAGAGCUGGCUGCACAGACAGAACGAAGCGCCGCUGUUCUCCAGAGACGGCCUCAGGUUCUUCUUCACGCGUGCGGUGCCACAGGGAGGUCGAGGAAAGUUCUUCCACAUCUCCAUGUCCACCUCACAGGCCAACAGUAGUUCAGACACGCUGCAGUCGCUGACCUCUGGAGACUGGGACGUUACCGAGAUUCUGGCCUACGAUGAGGACAAACAGCUGAUAUAUUUCCUGAGCACCGAGGACAACCCGAAACUACGACACCUCUACAGCGCGGACACCACGGGCUCGUUCAAUCGCCGCUGCCUGUCCUGCGAGUUCAGCUGCAGCUACGUGAGCGGCUCCUUCAGCUCGCACGCUAACUACUUCCUCCUCAACUGUAAAGGUGCAGGAGUGCCGUACACAGCCGUCUACAGCAUGGAGGACCGACUCUAUCAGAAGCUGCUGGACGUGGAGACGAACGACUUCCUGAACAUAACCAUCAGCAACGUGCAGAUGCCCAAAGUGGAGUAUGAAGAAAUCACCAUCGACGAUUACUCUCUGACCAUCCAGAUCCUGAAACCUGCAGGCUUCGUGGAGACGGCGCACUACCCCCUACUGCUGCUGGUGGAUGGCACCCCUGGUGGUCAGGUGGUGACGGAGCAGUUCCAGAUGGACUGGGCGACAGUCCUGGUGAGCUCCUACAGCGCCGUCGUGAUGCGCUUCGAUGGGCGUGGCAGCGGAUUUCAGGGCACCAACCUAUUACACCGGAUCUACCGGAAGCUGGGGGUGUUUGAGGAGCACGACCAGUGCGAGGCCCUCAGUCUCAUAGCUAAGAAGCCGUACGUCGACAAAACCAGGAUGGGAGUUUACGGACGGGUGUACGGCGGGUACCUGGCCAGCCUGCUGCUGAGCAACGAAGACACGCCGCUCAAGUACAACUUCAGAUUUAAAUGUGGAGCGGCCGUGUCUCCCAUCACCGACUUCAGCCUCUACGCCUCGGCGUUUUCGGAGCGAUAUUUAGGGUCACCGCAGACCAAUCGGAGGGUUUAUGAGAUGUCCAGUUUAGCUCAUCGUACAAGCCAACUAGGAGACAAGAAGUUCCUGCUCGUUCACCCCACAGCCGACGAGAAAGUUCACUUCCAGCACACGGCCAGAUUUAUCACUCAUCUAAUAAACGACAACGCUAACUACACGCUACAGAUCUACCCAGACGAGGGGCACCACCUGCGCUCCGAAAGCUCGCACAAGCACCUGGGUCAGAGUCUGGUCAACUUCUUCGAGGAGUGCUUCAGACCCCCGGAGAUGGUCUCGGAGGAGGACGAGGCGCAGGAGGACGAGGACGACGGCUAAAAACAAAAAAACAAACCCCGACCCGCUCGGCGCGCAAACUGCCCCUCAUUUCCCUUCAUUUCAUCUCGAUUUGGGACAGAGCAUCUGCAUGGACCGAGCCCACGUCACGUCCGACACGCCGAAACCAAGAGGCGAACGUCUCUCCUUCAUCCGACCCUCCGGGCGAGCUGCCCGGCUGGUAAAGCGGCCUCGUGUGGACUGAGCCACGCCCUUCCCUGGCGCUCGCUCAGCUCACACGAACGGUACAAACUUAUAUAUACAGUAUAUAGCACAAGAUGUACGAUAGGAAAAUCAAAUGUGAUCACAUGACGACGUUCAGCGUCGUGCGUCCGACUGUAACGCCUGAUACUGACCAAAGUUCUCACACCCCUCGUUUCACUGCUCCUCUCGGCGUAACCCUGACAUGUGACUUUUGCUUUAUUUAAUCUAAAAAUGAGCAGAACUGAAUUUAGCGAGGGGUGUCAGAACUUUAGCAUGUUUUCCAGACUAUAAAGCCGCUCUCAGACCUGCACGUUUACCCAGAAAUAAAUAAAUAAAUAAAUAAGCAUAAAUGAGACAUUCGGAGGCAAAAACAGGAUCAGGUGUUUGGAUGGGUGCAUUCUGGAGACGAUGUUCAUGUGUGUUGUGUGUAUGUUGAUCUGAUCUAUUAUUUGAUGGUUGUUUGAUUGUUGUUUUUUUCACCUGAAGUGUCUCAGUGCCUCAAAAAAAAAAAACCAUUAGCUUUUCAUUCAUAGGAAAUUCUCAGUAGGUCAGUUUGGGUGUAAAAUAUUAAUUAUAUUUAUUAUAACUUGUUCUAGCAAGACGAGAUCCUUAAAGUCAUGACCUCAACACCACUCCUUUGGGGUGAAUCGGAGCACUGAUGGUGAGCCAGGCUUUCCAACACGAGUGCCUGACACGUCGAGGUCUUGUGGAACAUAACAUUAUGACCACCUUCCUAAUAUUAUGUCGGUCCCCCUUUUGCUGACCUGACCCAUCGAGGCAUGUCUGUUGGAUCGGACCACACGGGCAUCAAUGAGCCUCGGUCGCCCAUGACCCCGUCGCCGGUUUACUACCACUGUUCCUUCCUUGGAGCACUUUUGAUAGAUACUGACCACUGCAGACCGGGACACACCCCACAAGAGCUGCAGUUUUGGAGAUGCUCUGACCCGGUCGUCUAGCCAUCACAAUCUGGCCCUCACGCUCGCUCAUUUUUCCUGCUUCUAACAUCGACUUUGAGGAUAAAAUGUUCACCUGCUGCGUAAUAUAUCCCCACUUCACCUGUUAAUGGUCAUAAUGUUAUGCCUGCUCGGUGUAAAUCCCUUUGGUUGUGGAUAACGCUCUGGUGUCCACUGCAGUGUAUUUUACCCGAGAUGAUUGACUUGUAACAUCAAAUUACUCACUUCAUUAUACACACGUCAUAUGUGAAUGAUUGAGAAAUAGAAGUGCUGUCUACACCAGCGCCUCGGUUUGAAACUCGGCGUUGCCACCGGUUGGCUGGGCGCCAUCUAGCGGGCAUAAUUGGCAGUGCCUGCCGAUUGGGAUGGCCGGACUAUGCGGGUGGGGUCUUCGAACGCUGUGUAAGGACCCUGAUUAGCAGAUAGAGCGCGGCGAUAUACCCACCCGACUGCAAUCAGGGAUCCUCAGCAGCGGAAGGAAAAUUUACUACGAUCAAUUGGGGUGAAAAUGGGAGAAAAUGCAUCAAUACAAUAGAAAAAAAAAAAGGGCGAAUCACUUUGGUGAACUGAGUCAAAUCUAAAUUCCACUGAAUCUGUGGAUGAGUUGGCAUGGUGAGCAGAAAUCGACAUGAAUGCCGUCGCACCGGUCCGAAUCCCUGAUUCCUCACUGCUGCUCCGUCCGUAUGAACCGAAGUGUUGAAGGUUUUGGAUGUUUUUGUGCUCUGGUGUGUUUUAUAGUCUGGAAAAUAAAAUUUGAAUAAAUUCAGGCGCCGUUUUUGGAUCCUAAAACUCCAUCCCAGCCAAACGACGUGGAACCUCCUGUCGGGUGGAGCGUUUCCGUUCCAGCGCAGCAGCUUUAAUCCCCUGUAAUAAACGAGCCGUCCGUGUUAAUUAGCUUCCUGAACGAGUAACUAAUGACGUUCUGUGUUCUGUUCCGUUAGUGACUGAACCGUGUGAGGUGGAACUUUAGCUCAUAACGACGACGUGAUUAUUUUAGUCACUGUGCCUUACGGAAGCUGGACGUGAACAGAAAGCGCUACGACUACGUCACGCCGCGGCGAGCGACAGUAUUGCGGCGUCUCGGUGUUUUCCAUCCGCUCGGCUGUGGAGCAGGGCUGGCUGAUACUGCCGCGGUAUCACCGUAACACAACGUCAACAAUAUCCAGUUAGAUCGAUUACAGAAGUGAAUUAAAUAUUCAGACCGUUUCAUCUCUAAGGGUGGCACGGUGGGUAGCGCUGUCGACUCACAGCGAGAAGGUCCCGGGUUCGAUCCCCAGGCGGGGCGGUCCGGGUCCUUUCUCCCACAGUCCAAAAACGUGCAGUCAGGUUAAUUGGAGACACUGAAUUGCCCUACAGGUGAAUGUGUGUGUGCCCUGCGAUGGACUGGCAGGGUAUUACUGUGUGCCUUGCGCCCACUGAAAAGCUGGGAUAGGCUCCAGAUUGAGUGUUUCAUCUCUGCCCUGCGCUGAAUGUUUAUUUCUUAUUUAUUUAUUUAUUUAUUAGGAUUUUAACGUCAUGUUUUACACACUUUGGUAGAUUCAUCAAACACAGUCAUGAACAAUUUUGUAUCUUUGUACUGUGGGAGGAAACCGGAGCUCCCGGAGGAAACCCACAGGAACUCCACACAGACAGGACCCCGCACCGCACCGCCCCACCUGGGGAUCAAACCCAGAACCUUCUUGCUGUGAGGCCACCGUGCCGCCCUCCUGCACUGAAUGUGGACACGUUCUAUAUGUGGGACUGUCGAUGCAAACGCUGGUCUGGACUAGUGGCAGUGAUAGCUCAGUGGUUAAUGUACUGGACUAGUAAACAGAAGGUUGCCGGUUCAAGCCCCGCCACCACCAAGUUGCCACUGUUGGGUCCCUGAGCAAGGCCCUUAACCCUCAAUUGCUCAUCGUGUUCAGAUCAUUGUGUAAGUCGCUUUGGAUAAAAUGAACAUGAAAAUGUAAAUGUAGAAGUUUGGGUUCCCACUCGUUUCCGGAAGCAUGUAGAAGGUGGAUUGGCUGCCCUGUAUUGCCCUUAGUUGUGAGUCCUGCUGCUUUGGGAAGGAUUGUUUGACGUGUGGCACUGCUGAAUGAAACCGCAAUUAACUCCAGGUACUUCGAUUAGCUCGCCACUACAACUGCAUUCAUGUAUUUCCGUGAUGUGGUCCAUGACCGAGAGUACUUGAUCCUGCACAUUUGUAAAGCUCCUCCCAUAAGAACUGGCUACAUAUAUAUCAUGAUAAUAUCGUGUUAUCGUAUCGGCCAGCCCUACUGACUAAGCCCUACUUCAGUUUGGUAAAAUCAUCCGUUCAGUAUUUUGUGUAUUUAAUCGAGCAGGACGUGUUCGGUGUCUGUUUAUCAGUGUUGCAUUGAAGCUAAAAGUAUGUGGACACUCCUGUGACUAUUAAGUUCGGGUGGUUCAGCCACGCCCUUCCUCGCGAGGCGUUCAAAUUCCAUUCGGAUGAGUUUAAUGUGGAGGAACUCAAACGAUCCGACGGAUUUCAUAUGAAUGGUCAUAAAGUGUGUCACGUCCACAUACUUUUGGCUGAACAGUCUGAUGGAACCCAGCAGGUGAUGUACACGUCUGUAUUUUCGGUAUGAAGCUCCUCUGCGUGUUCUUCGUUUGUUCAGGCAUGCUGGAGAUGGAAACGCUUGUAUUUUCUUUUGAUUUCUAUCACGUGUCCGAGUGUUGUGACGUGGGACAGACUGAACGUGUGUGUGUGUGGUUCUGUUGUGUAAUUACUGUCGUGAUUCCUCGUCUGGUCCGCUCAUGUGCAGGCGUGUAAAUGACGGAACUCUGUGUGACUUGUACAUAAAACAUUUUCAAAGCUUCA